AUGUCAAGUACAGGAAAAAGAGAAGUCGACAAGGAUGAUAUUAAGGUGCCACAUACGCCACAUGAUAUAAAGUGUAAAGCAAGGAGAACACUGCUGUCGCAGAAGUUGCGUGCACAGAGGAAGAAGGCAAAGGAGGGCGCAAGGAAGGAGCGACAGAUGGAGAGACAGAAGUUGGGCGAUGCAGCACCAGCCGUACAGAAGCCUCGUACAAUCGAGUCGAUGCGACGACAGGAUGAGACGGUGGUCGACGAGAACGACCAGGAGUAUCAGGACGAGAUAGAGAUCGACGAGUUUGCCGAGUACUUCCAGGGCCGCGAGCCCAAGGUUGUGCUGACCACCAACACCAAUCCAGCCGGCUGCGCCAUAGUCUUUGCCAAGAUGUUUGAGAAGAUAUUGCCACAGGCAGAGUACUGCUCGAGGCGACACUUUGAGCUCAAAGACAUUGUCAAGUUCGCCACCAACAGAGAAUACACAGACAUCAUGGUAGUCAACGAAGAUAGAGGAAAGAUUAACUCAUUGAUGAUUUGCCAUUUGCCAAAUGGACCUACAGCAUUGUUCAAGGUUAGCAGUAUUACAAUGCCAGACAAGAUACCUGGCGGAGGCGAGAUGACUAGCCACAAGGCAGAGCUUAUAGUCAACAACUUUACAACUAGACUCGGACAUACGGUUGGCCGUAUGUUUGCCGCACUCUUCCCACAAGACCCCAACUUCAAGGGCAGACGUGUCUGCACGCUGCACAAUCAGCGUGACUAUAUCUUCUUCCGCCAACAUCGCUACAUGUUUGAAUCGCGUGAAAAGGCUGCCCUGCACGAGCUGGGUCCACGUUUCACUCUCAAGCUCAUCUCACUGCAGCAUGGCACAUUCGACACAUCGUCUGGCGAGUACAUCCAUCUGCACAAGGCUGGCAUGGAUGUCGACAGGAAGAAGUUCGUACUUUAA